AUGACCGCCCCUAACCUACCCGAUCCCCGUUUCGACAACAAAGUUCUAGUCUACGACCCCGAAGCCAUCAAGACAGCUCUAUCGACCUACUACCACGCCCUCAGCAAAUUGCCAUACAUCGAAGCAUCCGACAUCGUCUCCCCACCAGCUGCAGGCUGGCCCAACAUCACUGCAACAAACUUCGCGCCACUAGACAAAAACGAAACGGUGAUCACGCUCCUCAAACACCUCCCGUAUCUGCGGAAUCCUGGCUUGCCAAAGGGGUACGCGAUUAGCUUCGAAACCUUCGCGAUCGACUACUCGGCCGCGCCGUUCACGGAACCGCUUGAUGCAGAUGCAGCGGAGGGAUUGAAGCCAGAUCAGUACGAGGAUGACGAGGAUAAGAUCAAGAGCUGGGUGGUGCCGCUUACUAUGAGCCGGGAUCAGUAUUCAGGUUGCUGGUGGUUACUUGAUACUACUGAUGUAGGUACGGUGACAGAGUGGGCGCAUAACGAUAGCAUGAAGCCAGAAGUCAGUUAUAAAGACGAUGAUCCGCGUGCGUGGCGCAAUGCUUGCGGCGAGACGAGACUUCUGGAAGAGCUGUUGACUGAGUGGAGGGAGAAAUUUGAGAGCUUGGAAUGGGCUGCGUCGUCGGAAAAGGUGUGGAACGAGGAGAUGAUCGCUGAGAAUCAUGAACAGUUGCAGAGGAUCAUUAGAGAGCACGGAUGGCCACACAAAUUUAGGAAAGAGGAGUGUAAGACGGCAUUGUUGGUAUGGGAUGAGGAGCACCAGGAUGAUUUUUACGGGUCUUAG